CAGAAAAGUGGGUAAUUGCGGCACUGCGUGUUGUGCAGAAAGAUGGAGCAGGAAGAGUAGCUGCAGUAGCAGACUGACUGAGGCCUGCAAAGGCAGACAUUGACGCCGACACAGCGUGUGGGAAAGCGGGGACACGAAGCUAUGACCAAAGGCGGCUGUGUAACCAUGGGACAUAGAGUGGGUUGAUCUGGAGCAGCAUACACCAAUUGUUUCCCACUGUGGUGUAGGACAUGGCCACUGCCUCGCUGAGAGCGGAGUCCAGCCAUGACCACAGAGGAACAUCACAGCUCCAUGCAGUUGUUUCCUGUGCCAAAAUCAAGAGGAAGAAAAGCUUGUUUGGCGCUCCCAUCUACGUGGAGGUGACAGUAGAUGGGGAGACACGACGCACAGCCAAGUGCCACAGCUCCUCUAAUCCACAAUGGGAUGAAAGACUCACUCUGAAUGUAACAGCACGCAGCCAGGUGGACUUCAAAGUCUGGAGUCACCGCACCCUGAAAGCAGAUGCCCUGCUUGGCCAAGCCACACUGGACCUGAUGCAAGCCUUGGAGCAGCAUGAAAGGAAAUUGGAAAAUGUGAAGGAGGUGCUGAAGCUGAGUGUGACUCACAAGGGAGUUGUGGUGCCUGCAGGAGAACUUACGGUCUACCUGGAUGGACUUACCGACAGUGAUCAACAGGAAUUGGCACCACUGACUAAUGGAAAUGCAGCAAAUGGCACCAAAGUCCAACAGAACGGUGAUGCCAUCCAUGGAAAUGGACAAUCUUCUUCUACAAGUGUUGCCAAUUGCACAGUGAACGGGACGGACUUGGGCCUGCACUCAGAUUCCUGUUCACCGUCUAAUGGAGGAGAAAGUCAGGUGCCUUCCAGUUCCUGCAGCCCGUCCUCAGGUCCCGUCGUCAACGGCGACAUCACACACGACUCCAGCCACCCACCCUCAAAUGCUGAUGUAGCGAGUCGGACUGUUAACGGAGAGACCUGUGACGUUGCCCGUGGGUCAUCCUGUGAUACAGCUCACUCAGAAUACCAGGAGGACUGCACUCCAGACGCCCCCCAGCCGGACUCUGAGACGCCACCAGACGUCACAUCUCAGCAGCAGUCGAGCCGCACACGGGUUGCAUCCUCCUGUUCCGCAGCGAGGCCGACUGAUGAGGCCGUGGCUGCGAGUGAUGCCUCCUCUUCUGCGUUCACCUCCCCAGCACAGGGUGGCACAACCUCAGCAACGUCCUCGUCUUUGUCCUCCCCCCCAGCAGUGGGAGACACAAAUGUGUCCGCAGCCAGUGAGAGCAGUAGCAGCGCUGCUACAGAUGGAGCCAAACCCAGACAACAGGUGCCUGCAGGCGGGGCCUCAGAUCCUCUUCCACCUGGGUGGGAGCAGAGGAAAGACCCACAUGGGAGAACGUAUUAUGUCGACCACAACACCAGGACUACUACCUGGGAAAGACCACAGCCUCUGCCACCAGGAUGGGAGCGUCGAGUGGAUGACCGGGGCAGGAUCUACUACGUGGACCACAACACACGCACCACCACGUGGCAGCGCCCCACCAUGGAGUCGGUCCGAAAUUUUGAGCAGUGGCAAAGUCAGCGCAGCCAGCUGCAGGGAGCUAUGCAGCAGUUUAACCAGAGAUACCUCUAUUCCGCCUCAAUGAUGUCUGCUGAGAAUGAUCCUCUUGGCCCGCUACCUCCUGGUUGGGAGAGGCGUGUGGACUCCAAUGACAGAGUGUAUUUUGUCAACCACAACACAAAGACAACUCAGUGGGAAGACCCCCGAACACAAGGGCUACAGAAUGAAGACCCUCUGCCCGAGGGUUGGGAGAUCCGCUACACGAGGGAGGGUGUUCGAUACUUUGUCGAUCACAACACCAGAACCACCACAUUUAGUGACCCCCGCACUGGAAAGUCCUCUGUCACCAAAGGCCCACAGAUUGCAUACGAGCGCAGCUUCCGAUGGAAACUUGCACAUUUUCGCUACUUGUGCCAGUCAAACGCUCUUCCUAGCCACGUGAAGAUCACUGUGUCCAGACAGACCUUGUUUGAGGACUCAUUCCAGCAGAUCAUGGCCCUGAAACCUUACGACUUGCGGCGGAGACUUUACGUCAUCUUCAGAGGCGAGGAAGGUCUUGACUAUGGAGGCUUAGCACGAGAGUGGUUCUUCUUGUUGUCGCAUGAGGUGCUGAACCCCAUGUACUGCCUGUUUGAGUACGCUGGCAAGAGCAACUACUGUCUGCAGAUCAACCCGGCCUCUGCCAUCAACCCAGACCACCUCUCCUACUUCUGCUUCAUCGGCAGAUUCAUUGCAAUGGCACUCUUCCAUGGAAAGUUCAUUGACACAGGCUUCUCCUUACCCUUCUACAAACGCAUGCUGAACAAGAAGCUCCUGCUCAAAGAUUUAGAGUCCAUUGACCCUGAGUUCUACAACUCACUCAUAUGGAUCAGGGACAACAACAUUGAGGAAUGUGGUCUGGAGAUGUUCUUCUCAGUGGACAUGGAAAUCUUGGGCAAGAUCACCUCCCAUGACCUCAAGCCGGAUGGCGCCAACGUCUUAGUCACGGAAGAGAACAAGGAAGAGUACAUCAGCUUAAUGGCCGAGUGGAGGUUCUCCCGUGGAGUUGAAGGUCAAACCAAAGCCUUCCUGGAUGGUUUUAAUGAGGUGGUUCCACUCCAGUGGCUCCAGUAUUUUGAUGAAAAGGAGCUGGAGGUGAUGCUGUGUGGCAUGCAAGAAGUUGACCUGCAGGACUGGCAGAGGAACACGGUCUAUCGCCAUUACACCAGGAACAGUAAACAGAUCAUCUGGUUCUGGCAGCUGGUGAAAGAAGUGGACAAUGAAGUGCGUCUGCGGCUCAUGCAGUUUGUCACUGGAACCUGCAGACUUCCCCUGGGGGGCUUUGCUGAGCUCAUGGGGAGCAACGGGCCUCAGAAGUUCUGCAUUGAGAAGGUGGGGAAGGAGACGUGGCUUCCCAGGAGCCACACAUGCUUCAACCGGCUGGACCUGCCUCCUUACAAAAGCUUUGAGCAGCUGAAAGAGAAACUCCUGUUCGCCAUCGAGGAGACGGAAGGAUUUGGCCAAGAAUAGAGACUUCUCGCCGGUCCUGGUUCUUUCCUGAUUUGAAAUCCAACACAUGAUUGCACAAGAUAAUGUAUAUAAGCUAUAUUGUCAUUUUAAAGCAAAUCUUAUUUUAGCAGACCAUCUUUAAUAUAUGGAAGCCCAUCAAGAAAUAUGCAAGCCUCCUUCUUCCUGUUUGGCAACACAAGUCAGGACUCUUUUAGAGAGGACCCCCAAAAGGACUUGACUUGUUUUGGACUUGAUUGUGAAGAGCUCUAGUUCUAUAGAGCUUCUGACAUCACAGCAACCUCAACUAGUGCGCCCUAGAACACCUCGAACUAUUCAAAGCCCCCUGAGAAAUACUUUGUUUGCUUGUGAAAAGCCCCAAGUCAAUGCAGGGAGUUGUACAAGUCCUCUGAGCAACUAGAAUAAACACGAGUAAUGUGGUUGCAGCUUCGGUGGUGGCUGUGUCUUUACACCACACCCUCUUGGCUUACCUCUGCCUGCAACCAAACGGCUGUUCAUGCCUAAAAUGAUUGCUGUGGAGGCAGCCGCUGUCCUGCACUUAUAAAUGUGACCAUCCAUCCUGCUCCGCCUCCACAAGACUAAACCAGUCCGACAAUCCAGCAAGAGCUAACAAAACAUUCGCCUCACAGUCGUGUGGAGUGACAAUGUCAAUAUUGUCUCAAGUACAUUUUCACAAUAUGCCAACAAAAAUGUCCGCACUCUAGCCGUGACCGAUUUAAAGUAAGAUAUAUUUGGCUGAAGUCAGACGUGUGGUCUUCCUGGAUGCUCCGUCUUGUCCACGCGACUAAGUCCACUCAGCAGGAAAUGACUUGUUCAAACCAAUGUGAGUCAAGAGGGAAAGUAGUACUUCCCGUGAUGUGAUCAUGUUUGUGUGUCUGGACAACUUUGGAGCUGCAACCUCAAGCAGCGUCUGCAGGAUUCUGAUCCUGAGGGUUCUAACAGGGGAGUGCUUUUUUGUGUUGGAAUCUUUCUUUAGAUCCACGCCUUCCUUUGCUUGCAUGGUGCGCUCCAGGACCAGGACUACACCUGCAGGUGUGAGGCGUGCAGGCAGGUGGCGCCACUGGUAAGACUUGCAGCACCAGACGUCCAAGUCCUCUGCAUGUGGGCGGGAAGGAGCGAAGAAGAAGAAGAAGAAGGACAAGUCUGAGGUAGAAAGAAAGUCAAAAGGGUCUGAGGGUGACCUCUGCUGGACACUCAAGUAUUACAUGCAUGGACUUUGGGACUUUGGCCACACUUGAGAAGACGACUCGUGUUGCUUAGCAACAACCAUCAACAUCAACCAUUCCUUGGAACUCUACUGUGGAUAAAAGUGGGCGGGUACUCCCUGGUGCAGCAUCACGUGAUGACUUUGUUGACAACCUGGCAGAAUGUGUCAAUCACACCAACAUAGAGGACAUUCAACCACCUUGCAGACACGUGCCUGUCUAGUCCCGUCACAUGAGGGUCACAUGAUCAAUUCUGAGCUGGGUGAAGGAUGGUGACACUGACAGAAAUCAAUGUAGCAAAAGGUGGACGCUAAGUGUGUGUGUGAAUAGUUAGUGUACAGGGAAGAUGACGUAAUGAAGUAUUAAUACAAGGAAGAUGAUGUAAUGAAGUAUUAAUACAAGAGCCUCCAUUCCGUUGUUGGAAUCGUGAUGCCUUUGUUUCAUAUCACGUGUCAUGUGGAACAUAUCUCCUGUAGACACUGUAAUCGAGGAGGACGUAUAUGUCCUGUAGACACUGUCAUCGAGCAGGAUGUAAAUGUCCUGUAGACACUGUCAUCGAGCAGGACGUAUAUGUCCUGUAGACACUGUCAUCGAGCAGGACGUAUAUGUCCUGUAGACACUGUCAUCGAGCAGGACGUAUAUGUCCUGUAGACACUGUCAUCGAGCAGGACGUAUAUGUCCUGUAGACACUGUCAUCGAGCAGGACGUAUAUGUCCUGUAGACACUGUCAUCUAACAGGACGUAUAUGUCCUGUAGACACUGUCAUCGAGCAGGACGUAUAUGUCCUGUAGACACUGUCAUCGAGCAGCAUGUAUAUGUCCUGUAGACACUGUCAUCGAGCAGGACGUAUAUGUCCUGUAGACACUGUCAUCGAGCAGGACUCCUUUUUCAAGCAGCUUGCUGUCGUUUGAAAAGAUGCAAAUAAAUAUGGACGACUCCUGCCUGGC